AUGGGCUGCGGUUCCAUCGUAUUCACCGUGGCGAUCACCGGGGAAACCGUGGGAGGCCCGUUCGUAACUGCCAUUCGAAGGGCCUGGGAUGCGUUGCAUGAUGUCAUGGAAGAAUACUAUCGCAUGCCGAAGAUUUACGACUACGACGAGUACGACCAGUGUGUGGCUCGCGCGCACCACGCUUCACCGGAGGAUGCCGAUGCCGUAUACUGCGUCGCGCGCACGGUCAUCAAACCGGAUCCGGAGUCAGGCCUAUGGCGGCAGAUCGAGAACUUCACCAACGACACCAAACGUCACUUUAAAUAUCAACAUAUUAAUGCUCAUUUGUUUGUGCUUCGCUGUGAAUCAUCUUCGUCAUAGUACAUUAUACGCUCGGAUGCCUUCAGCGAUGUGAGUAGCGAUCGUGCGCGGUACGGCAGACUGAUCAACAUUUGCCAGAACUAUGCCCUCCGGAAGCAGUACAACUUGACGGCGUACACCGAGAUUGAGUACUGCGUUAGACCGCAACGCCCCGUACCGAUCGACGGUCUGGACAUCAGCUUUCUCGUCGUCUCGGCCCUCAUCCUCGCGCUAGUGGUCGGUUCUACCUGGUACGACUAUCGCACCAGCAACCGGCAGGGCAAUGAGCACUACAAAAAGGAUCUGCCGUGUCGCAAAACGAUGAUCCUCACUUCGUUCUCGUUGGUGCGCAACUGGUACCGGCUGGUGUCCCGCUCGAAGGAUCAACUGAACGAGGAUCUGAAGUUCUUCCAGACGAUUCGUUUCUUCACGUUCUGCCUGGUGGUAGUCGGGCACUGCGGUGACCUGUUUACUGCCACCGGGUUCGCCAACACGGAGGGCCGGGAAGCGGAGUAUUCGAAUCCCCUGGGCCACAUUCUUAUCAAUGGGUCACUGAUCGUGCAGUCCUUCUUCGAGAUGGGCGGUUUUCUGCUGAGCAUCCACUUUUGCACCAACCAGGCGAAGAUGAAGAAAAUUAGCUGGGCGGCCAUUCUCGUUACGGUAGCAUACCGCUACAUUCGACUUACGCCGGCGUACGCAUACAUACUGCUCCUUCAUGCAACCUGGUUACCGAAGCUACAGGACGGACCCCUGUGGACGCGCGGGGCUGAAGUGGAGCGGAACUUAUGCCGUCGCAACUGGUGGACCAAUCUGCUGUACGUGAACAAUUACGUAAAUGCGGACGAACCGUGCCUCCAACAAGCCUGGUAUUUGGCCUGUGACUAUCAACUGUUCACUGUGGGGCUCAUCAUUUUAGUCGCUGUUACAAAGUACAAGAGAUUUGCCGUCCACAUCUUCAGCGUAUCGGGGUUGAUCGCCAUACUGAUACCGGCCGCGGUUGUUUACUGGAAUCAUUUCGAUGGAGUUUUCCUUGUCACGUUGCAGGCGGAACGGUUCAUUUAUUGGUUCGAUGAGAUGUACCACAAGAUCUACAUUCCGUUUCACACGAACAUCGGUUGCUACAUCGGAGGCGUCGUUUACGGAUACUUGUACUACCGUGUGCGUGCCUCAAACCAUAAAGGAAACCGUUCAGGUUUCCUCAAGUUCCUCUGGUACAUGACCGUCCCCUGUGGCAUGCUGGUGCUGAUGAUCAGCAUGAUUUUCUACACAAACAACUACGAGAAGCCAUCGCUUUGGAUUGCCGCGUUUUUCCCGCUCCACAAAAACGCCUGGGCGUUGUUUAGUGCCAUCGUUCUGUACGGUAUUAUCUAUAAUUAUAAUCGAUUCAUCAAAAGCGUCGUAAACUUCCCACUAUUCGUACCGCUGGGCCGUCUGACGUACUGCGCCUACAUUAGUCACGUGUUCUUCUUGAAGAACUUUUUCUAUGGCGCACGAGAAAUCGGAUACUUUAGCCACACGACGAUGUACAUGAAGGUGAUAUCCGUCAUAGUCGCGUCCUACAUUCUGGGUGCCAUCGUCGCUCUGACAUUGGAAUUUCCUAUUUCUGCCCUCCAGAAACAUCUACUAGCCAAACAGAUGGAAAAAAUUACAAAACCCGAGCCACCAAAGGAAAACAACAACGUUAGCCCACCGUCGGCGUAAUUCAGAAAAUCAUUCGCUGAUUCAUUAGGUUUAUUUACACUCCUUGAUUGCACACCAAUACUCGAUUGAAUGAUAGCACAUGAAUCUUUUUAGGUUUAACUGUAACUUAAACUCUAAAUAGCAAAACAGUAUGUCGGUUUGGUUUUGAGCGAGUGCGAAAAUAAAGUAAUGCGAGAUGAAAUUGUAUGAGAAAUAUUUUUACACAGCCAUGCAUAUCUAAACCUACAACUCGUCCGAGCAGACACAUCCCGUAUGCAUCGAAGUUUCCGGUAUCCGUGACCAGCCGCCUCGACCGACCGGAUGCAUCGCAGUCCCCGAUCGCCGCGCCAAGCACAUCACACUGGGUAGAUGCACUAUCUACUAGGUAUCUACUUCGCCGGUUGAGGAACACGUUAGGCUCGUCUAAGCAUAGGGAAGCUAGAUUAAGUUAGUUAGUCGGUUUUGAAUACCCGAAGAAU